CGUUUGGAACACAGCGCAGCUCCUAUUGGGUGUGACAGCGGUUCGGGGAAUCUGUGGGCGUGGUUAAAGCUGAGCUGGAACAAAGACGAACGCUAUUGGCUGGGACUGAGUUUUACAGAUUCAGUGGGCGGGGUUAAAUCUGUGGUGGAUUGGAGGCGCAUCUGCAUGGCGUUUAUCGAUUAGAAAUAGACACAUUAAAUAAAAUACAAGUCUGGAUUAUCGCCGAAAUCGUUCUGUAGUGUCUGUGCGGGAGGACCAUGCUUGAAAGUGAAAAGCAGGCUGCUUGAGGCUAUUCGCCUUUUCUGCAUACAUUGUCUCCUGCAGAGGUUUGUAAACACACAGGAGUGAAGCGACAGUGCAGCAUGGAGCAGGUGGAGCAGUCAGGAUCAGAGAGCCCCCAACCAUCAUCCAUACAGUCAGACACAUCUACAGCUCCAACAGAGGAAGGAAGCAGUGGAACGAGCACUCGCAGAAAGCGCAGGAAGAGAGAGCCCCGGCCUGAAUCUAUCAUUGUGUACCGUUCUGACACCGAGAGGACCAACGGAGAUGAUCGAAGUGGAGAUGUUGAAGUCACAGAGAGAAACCUAGAGGAAGGGGCUAAAUUUCUCACAACCCCAACUGGGGAAGGAGGCUGGAAUCUACCCCCAGACAGCCGCUAUGUGACGUUAACCGGUACCAUCACACGCGGUAAAAAGAAAGGUCAGAUGGUGGACAUUCAUGUCACACUGACAGAGAGGGAGCUCCGUGAAAUGGCCAAAUCCAAAGAACGUCUGGAUGCCGAGUGUGAAGCAGCAGGAGGAGCAAAGCGCUCGUGUGGUUUUGGAUUAGAUCAGGGCCCACACGUGGUGCUGUGGAGCGUCUCGUGUGCUCCUGUCAUCUUCCUGCUCUCCUUCAUCACCUCUUUUUACUACGGCACACUCACCUGGUAUAACGUGUUCCUGGUCUACAACGAGGAGCGGACGUUCUGGCACAAAAUAAUAGUGUGCCCCUUUCUCAUUAUUUUCUACCCGCUGAUCAUCAUGGCUGUGUCAUUGUCUUUAGCACUGUACUCAGCAGUGGUGCAGGUGUCCUGGGUAUUCAGUGAGUGGUGGUUUUCGGUUAGGGAUCUAGAAAAAGGAUUCUGUGGAUGGGCCUGUGGGAAGCUGGGCCUGGAGGACUGCUCUCCAUACAGCAUAGUAGAAUUACUCGACUCAGACACAAUUUCUGGGAGCCUGCAGGGGAAAGGUCCUGGUGAGAGUGUGCAGACUUCCUCUGUGUGAGAGCUGGACUCUGAUAAAUGUCCUCUGGGUAUAAACAUCUAUUUGCUAGUCCUGAAACAACAUUAAAUUUGACCAAUCACUGAUAUCUGAUGUCAUUAGUUUGAAAUUCUGGCUCUUCCCUCACUCAAGUCCUGAAUGCUGAAUCUGUCAGCUUCCUGAUAGCAAAGUUAUUGUGUAGAACUGAAUCAGCUCUGAGAUGUUUAAACCAUUGUCUGUUGCAGUCAACCUUUGAAUCCCAAAGGUGCCCAAUUAGUAGUUUGUACCUGAGUGUAGCUAAUGUUUACUGAGCUGAACUGCAAUCAUUAGGUCAGUAAAUUAGCCAAAUAAGAAUGACAACUAUCUUGAGGGUUCAUUUAAUAAAACUUAUGAAAUUGGUGCGUUUUUAGGAUUUUUAAUACAUUUUUUAAUGCAUUAUAUUAUUUUUAAAGACUCAGCUGUCAUUAGAGGCUUGGUUGGGCUUAAAUUUCUAGUUAGUUACAGAUUCACCUGGCUAGCAUUAAUGACAGACUCACUUAGCUAACAUUAGUUAGAGAUACAGUGGUAUAAACAUUAGUUACAGAUACUAUUAUUAGAUAGUGAUACAGUUAGUGACACAUACACUAAGCUAACAUUAGUUACAGGUGCAGUUGGUUAGCAUUAGUUAAAAAUGUACCUGGCUAACAAUUAGUGACAGAUACACUUGGUUAACGUUAGUCAUAGAUGCACUUGGCUAACGUUAGUUGCAGAUGCACUUGGCUAAUAUUAGUUACAGAUACACUUGGCUAAUGUUAGUUACAGAUACACUUGGCUAAUGUUAGUUACAGAUACACUUGGCUAAUGUUAGUUACAGAUGCACUUGGCUAACGUCAGUUACAGAUGCACUUGGCUAAUAUUAGUUACAGAUACACUUGGCAAACGUUAGUUACAGAUACACUUGUCUAAUCUUAGUUACAGAUACACUUGGCUAAUCUUAGUUACAGAUACACUUGGCUAAUCUUAGUUACAGAUACACUUGGCUAAUAUUAGUUACAGAUACACUUGGCUAAUAUUAGUUACAGAUACACUUGGCUAAUAUUAGUUACAGAUACACUUCGCUAAUCUUAGUUACAGAUACACUUGGCUAAUAUUAGUUACAGAUACACACUUGGCUAAUAUUAGUUACAGAUACACUUGGCUAAUAUUAGUUACAGAUACACUUGGCAAACGUUAGUUACAGAUACACUUGGCAAACGUUAGUUACAGAUACACUUGGCAAACGUUAGUUACAGAUACACUUAGCUAACGUUAGUUACAGAUACACUUGGCUAAUAUUAGUUACAGAUACACGGUUAAUAUUAGUUACAGAUACACUUGGCUAAUAUUAU